UGGUUUUCGUUAUGGACAAACCACUUCCGGUUUCUGUUUCCUGUCCGUCUGGAGCAGGUUAGCGGGCUCGGCCAGUCCAAGCCUAUUCAGAAAAUGGAGUUUGCAGAGCUGAUAAAAACACCCCGUGUGGAUGGGGUGGUCCUGCAUCGACCCUUCAUGCCCACGGUGGAGGGGACCCUGUGCCUAACGGGGCACCACCUCAUCCUCUCCUCCCGGCAGGACAGCAUAGAAGAGCUGUGGCUCCUUCAUUCCAACAUCGACUCUAUUGAGAAGAGGUUUGUGGGGUCACUGGGGACCAUUGUGGUCAAGUGUAAAGACCUGAGGGUCAUUCAGCUGGAUAUCCCAGGGAUGGAGGAGUGCCUGAACAUCGCCAGCUCCAUCGAGGCCUUGUCCACACUGGACUCCAUCACCUUGAUGUAUCCCUUUUUCUAUCGGCCAAUGUUCGAGGUCAUCGAGGAUGGGUGGAACCUUUUCCUUCCUGAGGAGUUUUUCAAAGACAUCGAGUCCUCGACAGAUGAGUGGAGGCUGAGCAACGUGAACAAGGACUUCUCUGUCUGCCCAACGUACCCUGCGCUGGUGAUCGUACCCAAAGCCGUGGACGACGACACCCUGUGCAAGGUCGCCACCUUCAGGCAGGGAGGCCGCUUCCCGGUUCUCAGCUACUACCACAAGAAGAAUGGCAUGGUGAUGAUGCGAGCGGGCCAGCCCCUGACCGGUACCAACGGGCGGCGCUGCAAGGAGGACGAGAAGCUGAUCAACGCCACGCUGCGGGUCGGCAAGCGCGGCUACAUCAUCGAUACACGCACCAUCAGUGUGGCGCAGCAGGCCAAGGCGCGGGGGGGCGGCUUUGAGCAGGAGGCUAACUACCCACAGUGGAGGCGCAUCCACAAGGCCAUUGAGAGGUCUAACAUCCUCCAGGAGAGUCUGAUCAAGCUGGUGGAGGCCUGCAACGACCAGAGCCAGAACAUGGACCGCUGGCUGAGCAAGCUGGAAGCCUCCAACUGGCAAACCCACGUCAAAGAGAUCCUCACCACGGCCUGCCUGGCUGCGCAGUGCAUCGACCGGGAGGGCGCUUCUGUGCUGGUCCACGGAACCGAGGGCUCCGACUCCACGCUCCAGGUGACGUCGCUGGCCCAGAUCAUCCUGGACCCGGGAUGCAGGACCAUGAGGGGCUUCCAGGCUCUGGUGGAGCGGGAGUGGCUGCAGGCAGGCCACCCUUUCCAGCAGCGGUGUAUCCAGUCGGCGUUCUCCAACAGCAAGCCGCGUUGGGAAGCUCCUGUCUUCCUGCUCUUCCUGGACUGCGUCUGGCAGAUCCUACACCAGUUCCCCUGCUCCUUCCAGUUCAACGAGCACUUCCUGGUGUUGCUUUUCGAGCAUGCAUACGCCUCACAGUUCGGCACCUUCCUAGGGAACAGUGCGGCUGAGCGGGUGAAGCUGAAGCUACCCCAGAAGACAGUGUCUCUGUGGUCCUGGGUGAACCGGCCCCAGGAAAUGGAGCACUUCCUGAACCCACUGUAUGAGACCAACAGCCUGGUGAUCUGGCCCUCAGUGGCCCCGCAGAGCCUGCUCUUGUGGGAGGGGGUUUUCCUGCGCUGGAAACGCUCUUCCAAGUGCCUGGACGAGGCCUACGAGGAGAUGGUGCACAUCAUCGAGUGCAACAAGGAGCUGCAGAGCAAGGUCAACGCUCUUCGGCGGCAGCUGGCCCAGCUGGAGACAGGGGACGGCCUGCUGGGGGAGCCCUAGCCGCCCAACUUCCCAGACACACUACCACCGUCCUGCCCCCCCUCCCCUACCAAGCUGGCGUUUUCCUGCACGCACACACACUACAUCAAAUGUUCAAAGCCUUUUGGUCCCAUGGAGCCCCAGUUGUUAAACAGGCAGCUUGUGGCCGAAUUUCCACAUUCAGCACUACAGUAACAACAAUAAUGGCGUGACAUAGUCCUACAGGCCAUGAAAAUAUCCCCACAAACUCUUUCCUCGGACAUUUUAACGGAUACUAGACCAUAUAUCCUUGCCUCUUGACUAGAUAAUAUACUGACAUAUUGUUUGGCGUAUAUUUGUCCUAAAUGCCAUGUGAAAGAUAUUUUAAGAAAUCUAAGCAUCAAGCCUCUUAGAAAUAUCUGCUCAUUUGUGCCCCCCCCUGCCCCCACCAUCCACUAGAACAAAUUCUUCUAUUAUUCAGUUUUUUUCCAGUAAGUCACAUAUUUUCCUAAGGCCAAAACGUUCUUCGCUCACGGCGUUUGUUAAUUGGGACCAAGUAAUCUCAGUUUUGGCUGCCUCUGCAUGUGUAAGGUAAUGAUGAGGCAUUAGCCCCCCCCCCCCCCCCCCCCCCCCCCGCCCCUCGGCAGCCCUCUCCACACGCUCCCCCCGGUCGGCGCCAGCUCAAGGUGCACUGUCAUACAUAAGCCAACAUUUAUUAAGGCACAUAUGCUCCAGAUCUGCUCUCUCUCCCUUCCAUAUGUAGUUUUGCGGGAGGCUGGGCAUUUAGCAUAGCAUACAUUAUGUGUGACAGACGCGUGGCAGACAUACAGUGCCAGGGCUUAACAGCUCCCUGAAGGUGCACACCGGUGAUCGUCUGACACCUUUAUAAUUCAGAGUACCAGUACUGUCAUGUUGUUAUAUCUAACUAGCACUUUUGGUGUUCUUUUUUCCCAGCAGCCAAAUGUCACACUUUGUUGUAAACUGUGAGUAUAAUCUUGUAUAAUAUUCUAGUGAUCACUAUUGAACGCAGAAGCACCUGAAUGCUUCCCAUAUCUCUUCUGUCUUUCCUGGUCUGGGUUUUUGUGUCUUUAUAUGAUUUAUUGGCAACACAGUAGCAUAUAAUGCCUCAGAGAAAGUCUGUUUGAUUAGUAAGGCUGGUUUUAUCGGGCGAUACUAAAUAAAUGGAACCGGAAGUGUGUCCAGAGAGCUUCAGGCAAACGGGUUCUGAUGCAUUGAGGGAUUUCUUGGUCUGUACAUUUCUUGUAUAAUUUAUUUUUGCUUUUUAAAACGUUCUUCGACUGUGUGUCAAAUGCCUCAGGCGGCUGCUAUACUGACCAGGGAGCUUCCUGAGAAUAAAGUUUGCAGGCUAAGUAAUUCAGACGGGGUUUGGCACCGAUAUGGCAAAUUUUAAAGGUUUGAAUUGAAUUGAGAACAAUUUCAGACAGUUCAGUGUAUUUUUCAGUUUGAGGUCGUUGAGAAAGGAAAAAAAAAAAAGCAUUUACUUGAAGUGUCUUAAAGUGAUUUUUUUUAUUUUUGUUUUCAUUGAAUAGUGCUGUUAAGUUACUGCAGUUUUUGGCUCUAUUAUGUUGUAUUCUGAAUAAUGUGUAUGUGAUUUUUUCCCACAUUGAUGGCAUAAAUAUGACUGCACUAAAUUGAGUUGAUGCACUAAA